CUGCGCCGAGUCCUGCCCGCCGCCGCUGCUGCUGCACGCGACUGUCGCUCAGCUCCACUAAUACGCUCGACGACGUGAUCUGCCUGUCUGGCAUCCCGUGUCGCAAUGCCCGACAUCGACCCCGCGGCUUUGAGCAGCCGCCCAUCAGUAAAUCUUUCCACGCCGACGCUUUCCACCAAAUCCAUCACUGUACAACCUCCCGGUUCUGUCAAAGCCGCCAAAACAAGUCAGAUCAUACCCGCCCGCAUUGACCUAGAGCCGCUUUAUACCGCCUUGAAGCAGGCCAUCGGCCCGGAAGCAUGGGUCAUCUACAAGGAGUCAACCACAGAGUUUCUCAUCGGUCGAUUGAAUCAGACCGAAUACUCAGAACGGAUCGAUCCUAUCCUCACAUCUUCCAAUGGCGAAAAGGAACACCUCCAUAAUCAGCUAAUUGCUGCGAUAUACGGCAAUGUCACAAGGGAGAUGCCCGACCAGGGGCUUGCCACUUGGGUCAGCGCCAACGACAAGCCCACCGCUCCUGUCGGCAGUAAGCCUGUAUCUGGAGAUGCGGCGGAGCGUCGUCUGAAGGGCGACGUGAUGCAGUUGCCCACCAAAGACCGUCGGCGUAUCAAGGAUUUGGUUGGAAAUGACUUCGACCCCUACGAGAGCCUCUCCAAUGUGUUCCUGGAUCACCACCGACGACAGCCCAAGCCGGCCGACGUACCACCUAGCGCAGGGGGCAUUGGUGGUAUCAAUAAGAUGAAUUUCGAUUUGGAGAUUCGCAAGCGCUUUGCGCAACCAUUGGCCGGAGAGUCUGGCGAGUUUCCCGAUGCCCCUGUAGUCGAAGGCAGAAUGCUGCCGUUCUGCUACGAGGCUGGACUCACGAGCGGUCACGUCCAGGAUGCGCCACACUUCAUGACAGUUGCGACCGAAACAUUCAUCAAGGAAUCACUGGCCGCCAUAUUUGCCAAGACAAAGAGCAACGGCCCUGGAGAAGGCGCCACCGCUGGGUUUGGAGCGGGUACGCAAUGGAUCCAAACCCAUAAGUACCGACACCAGCUCGUCAAGGAGGAGGAUGCAGCCCUGCGAGGUGACCUCACACGCGAUAAGAGCGGUCUUCUACCUAUUGAGUCGAAGGCAGCAAGCGAGCGUGGACCCCUUGGCAUGGCCGACGUACGGAUUGCCUUGGAGAUGGCCGAUAGCGGCUUAGCGCAGUUCCCUAUCAUCAACACAGCCAUAUCGUAUGGCUACCGUGAAGGAGAGCUCGAGAAUUGGCACGAUUACACAUGGCUCCCGGGUCUCGAACCUCCUGGAGCCAAGAAAGAAGCUUCUGAUAUCAAACCGGUGAUCACAGAGCAGCUGCCCAACGGCCACGUCGAUGCAAUGGAAAUUGACUCGGAGCCCUGGUGGGAAGGUGCAGAUCCUCAAGAUAUGAGCUCCCUUGACUCUGUUCUUGAUUCGUGUCUUGCAGUUGGAUCAUAGUACGGACAACCACCGACACGGUCAUGGGUUACUAAGAGAGACAAGGUGUACGCCAAGCGCUUUCUCAAGGGUAUCCAUCCCGUUUACAAAGAUUGGGGGCGCUUGUGGGGCUGGAAUAAAAGAUCACUUCGAUCACGUCGAAGCCGAAAGGGUUGAUCGAGGUGUCCUCAUGACACCGUCGAAGACCAUGGUUUCCAGCAUCGAACUUUCAUCAGCAUUGGCAUCAGGCAAGGCGUCAUUGGGUUUUCGCCAUUUGGCAAGUUUGGUCGGUUUUCCUUUUCAUCGUGCUUUAUCCUGAGUGGAAGGAUAACUGGGGGCGGCACACUUUGUGCACGCUUUCGUCGAGUAACAAAGGGGCAGGGAGUUCACGGUUG